UCUUCAUUCUCUCUCUCUAUCUCCCUCUCCUCUUAUUUACUCCUCCCUUCCCUGCUUUACCUUUCUUCACUUCCCCUCACGCAUCUCAAGAAAAUAAGCUAUCUGCUUCCUCUUCCAUAACCCCAUUAUAAUUUCUCUCUUUUUCCCUGUCUUCUUUUGUUACUCUUUUUUGGGGACUCUUUUUGAGUUUGGUUGGAUUAGGCUUGUUGCUUGAAGGGUGUUUUGAAUUGGAUUGUGUUUGGUUUUGGUAAUUUAUGAGUAAUGAGAAAAUGGGAACUGAGGAAAAGCAUGAGGCUGAGGUCCAUGAUCGUGAUGAGAAUUCAACCCAAGGAACAAUUGCUGUUCCUGUUCACAAGAUUGAAGACUCAAUGGGAGUAACUGAAGAAGCACCCCAAGUUCAUCCAUGGAAGCGACAAAAUCUCUACCUGGAGAUACCUUCAAGAACAUCAGAAGACUGUGCUGAAAAUUUUGUUGCAAUAAAGAUGCCUCCAACACCAAGCCCCACUCCUAGGAAAGUAAAUUUUCUCUUGACACCUGGUUCCAUAGAUGCAAGAGUUAGUGGAUCACCAGGCCCCUCUUCAGCUAAAGGCAAAUCAUCUAUAAAAGCUCUUUUCCCAAAACUAAGUUUUAAGUAUCGAAGCUCUUCGGAUAUCGAGAAGGCUUCCAACCUAGCUUCAGAAGGGUCAUCUACAGGAGUGAGGGAGAAGCCUUCCAUUUCAAGGUCAUUGUCCCUCACAAAGCUAUUCACGCCCCGGAUGAGGAGAACAUCAUCCUUACCUGUUACUCCAAUUGCUCUUUCACACCCAGAAUCUGCACAUGGUGGAAGUGUUGGUGGCUCUCUGACUUCAAUACGGAAAGAAUCCCAAGUACAGAUAUCUCGCUCACUUUCAGUACCUGUCAACAAUAAAGAAAGACAAUUAAGGAGGAUGGAUUCAUUUUUUCGUGUAAUUCCUUCGACUCCUCGAGUGAAGGAAGUGGAUGUAAUAUCGAUUAGUUCCCCAACGGUGGAUUCUGGAAAAGAUGAUGAUGAUGCUGGUGAAGACAUAUCUGAAGAAGAGGCUGUCUGUAGAAUUUGUCUAGUUGAACUAUGCGAAGGGGGUGAGACCCUCAAAAUGGAAUGCAGUUGCAAAGGUGAACUUGCUCUGGCUCACCAAGAAUGUGCUAUAAAAUGGUUUAGCAUCAAAGGUAACAAGACCUGUGAUGUGUGCAAGCAAGAGGUUCAAAACCUGCCUGUCACUCUAUUACGAAUUCAAAGUAUUCGAGCUCGAAAUGCUGGAACAAGUAGAAUUGAUCAGGAAGAUGCUAAUGGAUACAGGGUUUGGCAGGAAGUACCCGUGCUUGUCAUUAUCAGCAUGCUUGCCUACUUUUGUUUUCUUGAGCAGCUCCUGGUUGAGAAGAUGGGUACUGGAGCAAUUGCCAUAUCUCUUCCAUUUUCUUGCGUAUUGGGUCUCCUCUCAUCCAUGACCUCAACAACCAUGGUGAAAAGAAGAUUUGUCUGGGUUUAUGCAUCGGUUCAGUUUGCUCUGGUGGUUCUAUUUGCACAUAUAUUUUAUUCAUUGGUCCGUGUGCAAGCAGUUCUUUGUAUUCUGCUUGCAACAUUUGCCGGGUUGGGUGUUGCAAUGAGUGGGAGUUCCAUUAUUGUCGAGUGCUUGAGAUGGAAAAGAAGGUGGCAAACUACCUCACAGCAACCGCUUAGCUCUUAAACGUUCACAUGACCAGGCCACUUCACCGGUAUGGUACCAUAAAUUCACACAGGAUAUGCCAAUCCUUAAGACCAGCGCGUGCACCGAAGGAGAAAAUCCAGUUACUUUUAGUGGGGCUUAAAUUGUUAUGGCAUCAAUGGUUAAUAUCAUAUAAGUAUGCUUAUAGCUGAGGUGAGAAUUUUGAUACUUCUGUAAUAUAUUCAGGAAUUUGAUAUCCUUCCCACUUUUAAUACAAGACUUGAGAUUGUGUAUAGCCUCCAAAAUAUCAGCAGUGGCACCAAUUAGCAAGUAAAGACGCAUUUUGUUAUAA